GGGAACGAUCAAUCAUCGGCGAGUUAGCCGAGUGUGUGACUCAACUGACCAAGGCAAACCACGAGUGGCAUGAGGGCAGCAUAUGACACUUGACGGUCCAAGAGCCAGAUUGCAACCGCAACUUCAGGGAUCGAUGCCCAGAGCUCAUGGACAAAUUUCAGCCCUUGGACGACGCCGUCCACGUCUGCUCCCAUCAGGGCGAGGGCGGCUGAGUCCUGAACGUCCACCGCCUUUAAGGCAGUUGUAUGCCGAUAUAUCACGGCGAAGAGGCCUGACCGUACUCUCGUUACCAUGCGUUAUUGGUCGUAUGGAAGCAUUGAACGACACGGAUGCUUCCUGCAAUUCCAAGGUUACAAGAACGAAAGCUCCUAUGAGAGCAUUGCCAUGCUGCUCUUGGCUCCUCCUAUCCAGGGUCUCGAGGCGGGAGACAAUAGUACCAAUGAGAAAAUGGCUGGCAAAGGACAAAUGUCGAGUGAACAAGGCGUGGAGGUACUGCGGAGAAGAAAGGCCACGUGUUGGCGGCAAAGGCAGCGCGGACGAGGCGGUAGCGGCCUGUGGUGCGGAGCCAGCAAUCAUGCAGCUGUUUAUAAGCGGCCUCUUCGCCGAGAUGAUCGUCAACCUUCGGAACGUCCUCCAGGCCAAGGAUCUGCGAGUAGUACCCAACCUGGAAGAAGGGAAGCACCCAGACGAAGAGGCUCCAGUUCCAGACACUGGCAGUCUGCUUUUUCGUGACGUUCUGGUAAUAGUGUGACCUCAUUAAUCUCGUCUUUACGCAAGACUCAGCAGGACGGCCGCCAUGGUGCCGAAUUUAACGAUGUCGCAGCAAGGGAGAACCAGGUGCGUGGGCCAACGAGGACAAAUAAAAUGUGCAGCAUGAAAAGGGCGCACAGCAAGAGCUAGGGAUCUCAGAUUAGUGACGCGUACGGAGGAGGGCUGUCUCUUGACAAGCUUGAAGU